GUCGUACCUGCUCCCUCGUGUUUUCUCAAGAGUGCUGCCAACUCUACGAAUAUCGUGGGCGACAGUUCCAGGAAAAUUUCAGUGAGUCCACGCGUUACGUCGAUUCGGACACACGCUCGGCACCAAUUCAGAGCUGCGGCCACUGUUAAAGAAAAAUAUCGGUACUACCCCAUUUUAGUGACCGACGUGAGCCCCAGGGACUCGUAUCGGCGACAGGCCUCGACGAUGCGACUCCAUUCCCCUGACACACUGGACACAGUUUGGAAAAGAGAGGUUGGCUGUGGGACACUCCGGCAGCGGCCUCACGCAGCAGCAGACGACAGCACCGCGCCGCGCCGCCCGGUGGCCGACCGCCUGCGACUCCAGCCUGCCCCGCAGCUCCACUGGACUGCCGCCGGGAGAUUGCCGGGGAGUCGGCGGCCUUGCCAGUGCGAUGUCGAUGGUCACGGACCUUGGCUUUUGGAUAUGGCUUCUGCGACGAGAAGGCCCGAGAGGACUGCGACAACGCAUCUUCGCCAUGUUCGUCUGCAGUAUGGUGCCCCAAGUGUUCGUGGGGGUGUGUGCAGCCAUGAUGGGGACGGCCGCGCUGCUUUCGGCCGACCUGGUGGAGGCGUCGAACCCCGCCAACAUGGCCUGCGGCUUCUACUCGUGUCUUGGCGCCAACGUCACCUUCUACCGGAGACGCGACCGCACCCUGGCCAUUCUCAGGGACCUCCAGGACGUCGCCAAGCAGAUCCAGAAGGGUGCCGACGAGGACCCUGUCAUCCAGAAAGUGCUGGCGCAUGCGCACCGCAUGCACCGCAGAAUGACAAACCUGCAGACCUACUUCGGCAGCGCCAUGAUCGGCAGCGUGUGGCUGACGGUGCUGGCCUCGGGCGGCUUGUACUGCGCCGUCUGGCCGGCCCCGACCAGCGACGAGGCCGCGCGGGCCGGGGGCUUGGCGCAGGCCGUGCUCAUGCUCGUGGGGUGCACGGGCUUCUACGCGGCGGGCAGCCUCAUCGGCGUCAUGGUCACGUCCCUCAUGGGCCAGUACGGCGUGCUGGGCGUCUGGCUGCGGAGGGCGCGCACCAACCGGGACGUGGAGGCCGCCAUCGCCCUGCACCAGAAGAUAUUAUGCCUGGCACGGAAGGUGGAGGAGCUUUACUCUGACAGCAUAACGCAUUUCAUGCUGUGCUGUUUCUCCGCCCCUUUAAUAAGCACUCUGCAAGUGCUGAACGACGAAAUGGGCAUGCUCACGUUCACGGCGGCCUUCAUCAACCUCGCGGUGUUCAUGCCGCUGGCCAUCCUCAGCCAGAGCCUCACGGACGUGAGCCUGACAGUGCGGGAGAACGCGUUCCACGCCGCCUUCGAGGUGGACGACGACGACACCCCCGGCAUGCGCCGCGCCCUGCUGCUCAUGGAGAUACUGGCCGAGCGGCCGGCCAGACUCAGCUUCAAGGGGCUCGGGCCGCUCAACCUGAGCAGCGCCGGCAACGCGCUCCGCACCUGGUACUCCUGCACCAGCGUGCUGGCCAACGCGGGACCCAAGAAGGGCUAG